AAAGAGACAGAGGAGGGGGAUUUUUUUCCCCCUCUUUAUCCUCUUUUAUCCCCUCCAUCCAUUCUUUCGUCCCUUUCCAUUGCUUUCCUUCCCCGUGCAGCCCACGCUCCAUCCUCUCUCCCUCACCCCCACCCCCUCCACCCGUAACUUUGGCUGCUUUUUUUGACUCCACCUGUCGUUUCAUUUAUUUCUUUUAUGGAGCUCUAAUAGAGUCAUUUUAAUUGGCUUUCUUUGUCUUUUCUAUUUAUGCCUUUUCCACUUUUAUACCUAUUUCCCCCCUUCUUUUUUUCCCCUAAUGCAUCUUAUCUGGCUGAUCCUUAACUCUGACCAUAGAGUGGCUGACGUAAGAAAGACAAGAUUCUCCAAGCAUCUUUACUGAGGAGGAGAAGUGACGGUGCUCCAGUGGAGUGCAAUUACAAAAAGAUCGAUGCUUUGCCCUGUUCAUUGUCUGAGGAGUUUUCCUAAAACGGCUGAUCCCUCAGUCUGAGGCUAUGAAAGGGAGUGAGGAGUCCCAGGCUGCACCACCAUGCUACUUCUGAGAAGCUGGGAUGAGACUUUGGCUGGCAAAACACGAGGUAUUUCUCUUCCACUACUACAUUAUGCCUGUCCGUGGACACUGCAGCUCCUCCCCACCUCGCCAACAUGCUGGGCCUCACCUCUCCCCCAAAGUUCGGACUCAUCAUCCAUCCCCACCUUCAUCAGUUCAUCACAGCACAGGCACGUCUUUACGCCUGCCCCUUCUUUGUCUGCUGCUCUGUCUUCUCCACUUACCCUCAGCCUGUCACUCACGGAGAGAAAAGGGCGGAGGAGGUGGUGGAGGUGGCAGCCACUACAUACCCAUCCCACAGCCUCCUCCGCACCACAUGGCACUGCCUCACAUCCUACGUGGCCUAAGCAUUGCUGUCGUACUGGUGGGCAACUCCAGUGAGGUGGCACUGGCAGGGGCCAGAGAGAAGGAGGACUUUCUACAUAUGGCUCCUAACGUGGAAGUGCUGACCAUGAAUGAGACUGACCCUAAAAGCAUUAUCAAGAGCAUUUGUGACCUGAUGACGGAACACUGGCUGCAGGGUGUAGUGUUUGGGGAUGACACAGACCAGGAAGCCAUCGCUCAGAUUCUGGACUUCAUUUCAGCUCAAACCCACAUUCCCAUUCUUGGAGUGCGAGGAGGCUCUUCAAUGAUCAUGGCUGCCAAGGACGACAACUCCAUGUUCUUUCAGUUCGGCCCCUCUAUUGAGCAGCAGGCUUCUGUUAUACUGAACAUCAUGGAGGAGUAUGACUGGUACAUCUUCUCCAUUGUCACAACGUACUACCCCGGUUAUCAGGACUUUGUCACCAAGAUCCGAAACACCAUUGAGAACAGCUUUGUUGGCUGGGAGCUAGAAGAAGUUCUUCUGCUUGACAUGUCAGUGGAUGAUGGUGAUUCAAAGAUCCAGAACCAGCUGAAGAAACUCCAGAGCCCCGUGAUUCUUCUCUACUGCACAAAAGAGGAGGCCAACACCAUCUUCGAAGUGGCCCACUCUGUUGGGAUCACUGGUUACGGCUACACUUGGAUUGUCCCUUCGCUGGUUGCUGGAGACACUGAUGUAGUGCCUGCGGAGUUUCCCACAGGUCUUCUCUCUGUAUCCUACGAUGAGUGGGAUUAUGGCCUGGAAGCCCGUGUUCGGGACGGUGUGGCGAUUAUUACCAUGGCAACUUCCACCAUGAUGAUGGACCGUGGACCUCACACCUUGCUGAAAUCAGAAUGCCACGGAGCUCCGGAAAAGAAAACCCCAAUCUCAGGCAAUUCCAAUGAAGUCCUCAGGUACCUGAUGAAUGUGACAUUUGAGGGGCGCAACCUGUCAUUCAGCGAGGAUGGGUACCAGCUGCACCCCAAGCUUGUCAUUAUUCUACUCAACAAAGAGAGACAGUGGGACAGGGUGGGUAAAUGGGAGAAUGGCUCCUUGUCCAUGAAGUACCAUGUGUGGCCUCGCUAUGAGCUGUAUGGUGGGGCAGCAACCAGGGAAGAUGACCACCUGUCCAUUGUGACAUUGGAGGAGGCUCCAUUCGUCAUUGUUGAAGAUGUGGAUCCGCUGAGUGGGACCUGCAUGAGGAACACUGUCCCCUGCAGAAAGCAGAUCAAAACAAUAAAUCAGACCAAGGAGACAGGAAUCUAUAUCAAACGAUGCUGUAAGGGCUUCUGCAUUGACAUCUUGAAGAAGAUCGCCAAGUCAGUCAAGUUUACGUAUGACCUUUACCUGGUCACUAACGGCAAACAUGGAAAAAAAAUCAAUGGAACCUGGAACGGCAUGGUGGGAGAGGUUGUGUUAAAAAAUGCCCACAUGGCUGUUGGAUCUCUAACCAUCAAUGAGGAGAGGUCUGAGGUCAUCGAUUUUUCUGUUCCCUUCAUUGAAACUGGAAUCAGUGUCAUGGUUUCCCGCAGUAAUGGCACAGUUUCACCUUCAGCAUUUUUAGAGCCCUUUAGCGCAGAUGUGUGGGUGAUGAUGUUCGUGAUGCUGCUGCUGGUGUCAGCAGUGGCUGUAUUCGUGUUCGAGUAUUUCAGCCCUGUGGGCUACAACCGCUGUCUGGCUGAUGGCAGAGAGCCUCAUGGCCCAUCUUUCACCAUUGGUAAAGCCAUUUGGCUACUUUGGGGUCUGGUCUUCAACAACUCUGUGCCGGUCCAGAACCCCAAAGGCACCACCAGUAAAAUUAUGGUCUCGGUGUGGGCCUUCUUCGCUGUCAUUUUCCUGGCCUCAUACACUGCCAACCUGGCUGCUUUCAUGAUCCAAGAGGAAUAUGUGGAUCAAGUAACUGGUCUCUCCGACAAGAAGUUCCAGAGUCCCAAUGACUUCUCUCCUCCAUUCCGGUUUGGCACGGUCCCGAAUGGAAGCACAGAGAGAAAUAUCAGGAACAACUACCCAGAAAUGCACUCCUACAUGACCAAGUUUCACCAGAGAAACGUCAAUGAAGCUCUGCAGAGUUUGAAGGCUGGCAAAUUAGAUGCUUUCAUUUAUGAUGCGGCCGUUCUGAACUACAUGGCUGGCAGGGAUGAGGGCUGCAAGCUGGUGACCAUUGGCAGCGGCUACAUCUUCGCCACCACGGGAUACGGCAUUGCCAUCCAGAAGGAGUCUGGAUGGAAGAGACACGUGGACCUGGCCAUCCUGCAACUUUUUGGAGACGGUGAGAUGGAGGAGCUGGAGUCCCUGUGGCUGACUGGGAUCUGCCACCAUGAGAAGAAUGAGGUGAUGUCCAGCCAGCUGGACGUGGACAACAUGGCCGGGGUCUUCUACAUGCUGGGCGCCGCCAUGGCUCUCUCCCUCAUCACCUUCAUCUGCGAGCACUGGUUCUACUGGCAGCUGCGCUUCUACUUCAUGGGCGUCUGCUCCGGCCAGCCCAGCUUCGUCUUCAGCGUCAGCAGGGGAAUAUACAGCUGCAUUCAUGGGGUCCAAAUCGAAGAGAAGAGCAGCUCUGCAUUGAACUCCCCGUCAGCCACCAUGAACAACACCCAUUCAAACAUUAUGCGCCUCCUACGCACUGCCAAGAACAUGGCCUCCCUGUCAGGAGUAAACGGCUCACCACACAGCGCUCUGGACUUCAUCCGUCGAGACUCUUCUGUUUAUGACAUCUCUGAGCAUCGCCGCAGCUUGGCAGGCCAUUCUGACUGCAAACCUCCAUACAUGCCAGAAGACAACAUGUUUAGUGACUACAUCAGUGAGGUGGAGAGGACGUUUGGCAACAUCCAUCUCAAGGACAGUAAUUUGUACCAGGAUCACUAUCUACACCAUCAUGGCUCAACCCCAGGGCUCAGUGGCCCUCCCCCCAACAGACCCCACAGUUUGGGCAGUGCUAGCUCUCUGGAGGGUGGCAUGUUUGACUGUGACAGCCUCGGUGGGGGGGUGGCACCUAUCUUUACCACCCAGCCCUGCUCAGCACUGACCCACAGGAACAUGAGCAAGUUUGACCUGCUGUCCGGACAGACUCCUCCCUCAGGCCAGAGCUUCAAGGGAGGUCUGCCUGACAUCUACGGGAAGUUCUCCUUCAAAGGUGGUGCUUCGAGUUCCACUUUCAUUCCUGGACAUAGCUACUGUGGGGGGAGAGGAGAUGAUGAGGGAAAUAUACGUUCAGAUGUUUCAGACAUUUCCACACACACUGUAACAUACGGGAACCUGGAGGGUAAUGCCAAGAAGCGCAAACAGUACUGCGACAGCUUAAAAAAGAGGCCGGCCUCUGCAAAGUCCAGACGGGAACUGGACGAAAUUGAGCUGGGCUAUAGGAGGAAACCCUACCACAUCAGCCACCACCACUACCACAGCCAGCGCUCUGCUUCCCCCCCGCUGUUGCCCGCUGAACGCAAGCGAGGGGGUGUUGGAGGAAACAACAAUGGGAACUCUUAUCUCUUCAGGGAAAAGGAGAGUGUAAGGGACUUUUACCUGGACCAGUUUCGACCCAAAGAGGGUGUCCCUCAAUGGGAACAUGUAGACUUGACAGAGGGCCCUGGAAACAGAGAUGGAGUGCCAACCUGCACCUCCUUGGUACCAGUUGAAGACUUUCUUAAAAGCAAACCUAAAAAGUCUGAUUCAAAGGGCGGAGCAGGCUCUGGUUUGGCAGGGGGAGAAUGGGAGUGCAGGAACUGUCGAGCUAGUGGGGGAAAGCAGAUGUCCAUUCAUGGAGGAGGUGGUGGGUAUUCAAGUGGUAUGGGCUGUGGGUCCUCAGCAGGUAGCAGCCGCCCUAGCUCUGCAACCUGCAUGCGCUGUGAAGGUUGUAAAAAGACAGGAAACCUCUACGAUAUUAGCGAGGAUAAUAACCACCCCUUGGAACAAAUGGGGGGAGGAAAAGGUGGGGGAGGAGUGGGUGGUAUGGCCGCAGGCCCUCAGGUUCAAUCUCAGGCCCAGCAGAGGCGAAAGAGUGGAGGAUUUGGGAAGCAACUAAGGCGGCAGCAUUCGUACGACACGUUUGUUGACCUUCAGAAAGAAGAAUCCGGUGGCAUGAGAAGUUUGAUGGGAGGUUUAGGGGGAGGCAUCGGUGGAGCUGGCAUGGGAGGAAUGGUGCCCCCACCGAGGAGUGUUAGUUUGAAGGAGAAAGAACGCUACAUGGAAGAUAACAGCCCCUUUGCACACAUAUUUGAAUGUCAUGGGGGCUCAGAGAGAGAAAGAGAUAGGGACAGAGACCCACUGUUUUAUGGAGGUGAGAGUCAGAAAGGUUCUGAGUCGCCAUUUGGCCUAUUCAGAGGUGAUGAGGGCCUCCACCGCCGCUCCAUCAGAGAGAGAGACAGGAGAGAUAGAUCGUUGAUGGAAGGUGGAGGUGGGGCAGCAUUCUCUUUAUCCAAAUCCCUUUACCCUGAUCGGGUAAACCAAAACCCCUUUAUACCCACCUUCGGCGAUGACCAGUGUCUGAUGCAUGGAGCCAAACAAUAUUACCUGACAAAGCAACAGCAGCAGCAACAAGUUGCCCCAAACAGCAGAAGUGAAUUCAGGAGUCAGUUGAGCGCAACGUCAUAUGUGCCAGCAUCUGCCACAUCCGGGUUGAUGUCCAACGUGUCCCCAAGAUUCCCAAAAGAGCUGGGCCUUGGUGGGAUGAAUCAUCAUGGAUCCAUGUUGGCGGUCGGACCCCCAGGUCCCUUCAAUGGAAGCAAUGGCCAUGUGUACGAGAAACUUUCCAGCAUUGAGUCUGACGUGUAAAAGAUAAAGGUAUAGAAAGAGGAGAGCAAAAGAGGUUCAAAGUGUUAG